AUACUCUUGACCCUACUGCUAUAGCUAAACCAUCAAUGCCACGCCCAAAAACACCUCCCUUCUCCCUCACACGGCAACUCAUCCGCCAGUCAUGGAACAAGUACAAUCUCUUCAACCUCGCUCGCAAACAAACUCCCUCCAUCACCAAUAAAACAAUGUACCAACAAAAAUGGGAAGCCAAGAGAGAAACACGCGCCUACCAUGGCGCACACCUCGCAGAACGUCAAUUCAAAGCAGGUUGGGAUCGCAGGCUCGUAGGAGUCGCGGGUGAGCAAGCACAGGAUAAGCGACGCACACCGUUGGCGUCACAGACUUUUGCAUCAAUGGAAAAGCGGCUCGACAUCGCCCUCUACAGAGCCAUGUUUGCCAGUAGUGCACGGCAAGCAAAACAGAUGGUCGUGCAUGGGAAAGUGCGUGUGAAUGGUGUUCUUGCUCGGCAACCAGGUCUGGUCUUGAAGGCAGGAGACUUGUUUGAGGUUGAGCCAGCAGCUGUCAUUAUGAAUGUAUCACCUUCCCGUGGGCAACAACUAGAGGCCACAGAGGAAGAGACUGCAGAGCCUACCGAAGGAGAAGGAGAAGCUGCUACACCAACCAUUUCCAAAGUCACAGCAAAAGCACAGGCUUGGGAGGAGAUUGGCGCUGAUUCAUUCAUCCCAAAGCCCUUCAUGUCAGCUUUUGCAUUUGUUCCUGCAUACCUUCAAGUCGACUUUGAGACGUGCUCUGCCGUCUACCUCAGAGAUCCGGUCGCUCGUCCAGGACAUACGGAGGUCCCUUCACCUUUUCCUGCACCAGUACACGGUCUUGCUUACUCCAUGUACGAACGUGGCCGGUGAACCUUGCUAUCUUUCAUCUUCCUAC